AUGGAGGCAUUAAAGUCACUUACGAACUUCACUGAAAAGUUUUACGAACAAAUAUUAAAUGAAGCUCAUGGUCAAUGGGAAAAUGUUUUUCUCUCGCCGUUCAAUAUCUAUACUGCCCUCGGAAUGGUUCUUUCAGGCAGUGGAAACAAUACGAAAGCCGAGAUGACAAAGGCAAUGCAAUUGUCUGACUGUUUAGAACAUGAUCAAGUUCAUCAUGAGAUUGCUCAACUUUUAAAUGAUUGUUCGAAACCUAGUGAAGGUGUUAAUAUAAUCCUUGCUAAUAGAUUGUUCGUUGCACAAAAUGUGAGAAUCAAGGAACAGUUCAAAACUAAUCUGAAGACAUACUACGAUGCUCCAACAGAACAUGACACGUCUGCUGUGGUGACAGCUACCACAUACUUCAAAGGUUUGUGGAAUAUGUGUUUUCCUGAGGAUAACUCACAUACUAGCGAGUUUUAUGAAUUGAGUGGAUCAAAAAUGAGUGUGAAGUUGAUGUAUAACGAAUCAUAUUUCGAUAUGGUCAGUUUACCCCACUUGAGGUCACGUGCUGCGAAGAUACCAUUUAAAGACCCUAAGUUUACGUUAUUGAUCAUUCUUCCAGAUGCAAAUGACGGAUUGCCCGAUUUACUGGAUUCAAUGUAUAAACAUGGUGGAGUUUCUUCAAUACUUUCCACGAGUUUUCAAAAUACAAAAAUGCGUUUGUAUUUGCCUAAAUUUAGAUUAAGAGAAGGUUAUGCAAUAAAACUGAAAGAUCAUCUGCGAAAAUUGGGGAUAAACGAUGCAUUCUGUCCUUUAUCAGCUGACUUUUCAAAUGUUUCUGACUCAGAUAGGAUGUGUAUAUCAGAUGUGAUGCAUAAAGCUGUUUUUGAAGUAGAUGAAAAAGGUGCAGUGGCGGCUGCAGCUACAGCAAUAAUAACGGUAAAAUGCGCAGCUGUAAAACCUUACAAACCCGUAUCCGAAUUUCGUGUUGAUCAUCCAUUCUUUAUUUCAAUUGUUUGGAAUAAUUGUCUACCAAUAUUUCUUGGACAUAUUACAUCACCAUUGAAUGACUAA